AUGGACAAUCUCACAGAAGAACAAAGACGAGAUUUCGUGGAUCAAGUAUUGGAGGAACUAGACGAAGUUGAAGAGGAAGAAGAAACUGUAAUUGAAAAUGAAGAAUCACCUGAAGAGACAUCUGAAAUGCCCAAGGACUUGUCAACCCCUGUCAGUCUUACACAGCAGAAUAGACAAGCAGCUGAACAACAAAAGAAAAAGAAGAAGAAGAAAAAGAGCAAAUCCAAAUUACCAGAAGCAGGUAGCGAACUACCUGACGACUAUGUUGAAAAAUACCAAGAAGAUCUCAUUGAUAACCCAUUUGACCCUACACUUCCUUUAUCACAAAGAGUAGAAUAUGCCAUUUGGAAAUAUCGUAGAAACCACAAGUUUACUGAAGAGAAGAAUGAAAUCUUUGCAAACUAUCUGAAGUUCGGUGGGAUCAUUACUGGUCAAAACAUGUUCUUGGGUGGAACUACUGCUGCUGACGUAGAUGAAGAUGGCGAAAUGGAUUUCAAAGCAGCCAAAUUAGCAAUUGACACUGUACCUGAUGAGCUGGAGGAAGGCGUUGAAGUCAGUUUUAGUGAAGUUGCUCAAGUUUAUUUAGGAAACACAUUUAUUCGCGAAAAUCGAUUUAUCGCAAUGCAAAACUUUAUUGAUACUCCCAACAUCAUCGAUGCUUUCCUGAGAUACCUUCAAAUCAGAAACGUUGCCCCUGAAUAUGCUGAUGAUAUCGCUAAGGCCCGUGCGAUCGUCAGUCAGGCUAAGGUAGAGCUACCCAAGUGUAAGAAACUGAGCGUGGAUAUGCCUGGCAAGCUUAACCGCGCAUGUGCUAUCGUCUUUGGCGACGAAUCGAUUUCGAUGGACAUGUCCUGGAUGAAGGAUGCAUCAGCAAAGACGAUGAAGAUGUUUAGUGAAUUUUUGGACGAAGCCGUUGGUAUGACUACGGAGGAAGCAACCAACAUCGUCCGCUCACAGAUGGGUGAUAUCAAAGGCGUGCAUGUACUGAAAACGUUGAGUUUUGUGCUUGCCAAAGUGACAUCUAUACCGCCUAUUCCAGCUGAUGCUCAACCAGACGCUUUUUUUAAAGUUACUUUCACGAACUAUGACGACAAUAAAGAGAGCUAUGACAUUAUAUUUGAGAAGAAGAUCAUCGACAACCUAGUUUUAGGAAUGGUCGCUCGUGUGACGCUUUGUAAAUUGAGCAAUGGUGAAUGGUACCUUGAGAAGGCAACUCGCAUUAUGCCUAGCUUUUAUAUGGAAGACGACUGUUUGUCUGAAGAUUAUGACUAUUAA